AUGGCAGGAAUCGUUGAGCAGCUUGAUGGCAUCAUAGCCGAGCUCCUCGCCGGCUGGAACGUCUACACCUCCGUCCUCCUCGUCGGCAUUCUCGGAUUCGUUGGCUGGGUGGUCUACGACACGCAGGACGCUGACACUCACCCGCUGCUACUCGCCCGCCAGGCACAAGCUUCCUAUGUCAGACAGCCUGGCGAGUCGGCUGUCUUCAGGUCUCCCGAGACGCCGCAUGGCUAUCCGCUGCGGACCGGUCUCGGUGUGAAGCCUCCAGGGGCUCCCAUGUACUCUGCUGGCAGAGAUGGCGAUCUUCGAGAUAUCUGGCGCCGCGUCACCGGCGAAAUACCACUCGACAAGAUCGCGACCUCCAGCGGAACAGCUAAGAUCAUGACAGUGUUUGGGAAGGAGGACAUUACCGACCACAAUGUUGCGGAUAUCACCAAGGAAAUAAACAUCAUUGGAAAGCACCUGAAAGAGCAUGGCGCGAAGAGAGUGGCCAUCUACCUCCCGAACAGCGUCGAGUUCCUGGCCGCGCUUUUUGCUGGCGCUUUCUACGGCUUCAGUCCGGUUCUGAUCCCUUACAAUCAACCACAUGAGGCCUUGGUUGAGCUCCUCAUCCGGACUGGUGUGGACUCGCUCAUUGCCGAAGCCGGCUCGCUUCCGCUUGCUGAGGUGAGCAAGGGAGUCUCAGGCCUCCGUCAAGUUGUCUGGACCGUCGAGAAGACAAGCAGGCACAUGGACUGGAAUGAGGUACCGGAAGGCAUUGGAGGCAAGAUCGAUGUAUCUGUGUGGCAUCAGCUUGUUCAGGAUCAGAAGAACGGCAGUACGACACUGCCCGCGGAUACCGACAAAGCCCCGAACGUAGUAUUCCUCUGGCAGGAGGGCGUGGGCAAAUCUGCUGAAGUCGUCGAGUUCACCCAGCAGAAUCUCUCCGCCGCCACUGGUGCUCUUAUCUCCGCUCUCCCCGGCCCACACCGCUUCAGUGCUUCCGAUACGUUCCUGCCUGCGGACGUUUUCAGCAACUCCUACAGUUUGUGCCUAACGCUGGCUGCUCUAUACUGCCACUCGACCGUCAUUGUCAACUCUGUGGCUGGACCGGGCGUCGACUUGACUCUCGCUAGCCGGUCUAUAGCCCCUACGAUCGCGGUUGUCUCAGCCGAGUCUGCUGCGAAACUCCACAGCAACACUACCACCUCCAUCGCUGGCGGCCUCAAGAAGUUUGCCCACUACCUCGAGACGCGAAUCCUGACUUCUGGACGACUGCCUACCGACACAUUCCUGACCCGUCUCAAUGCACCCACGAGAGCGAACAUUGGAACGACGCCGGGCAAGCUGCGCCUUCUCUUCAUCUCUGAGAGAGCGGGUCUGAACACUCCCCCAUUAACUUCCGAGGACCUUUCUGACCUCCGCAUCUACACCAAAGCUCGCGUCAUCUAUGCUUUGACAGCGGCAAAGGUUGCUGGUGCAGUUGCGCAAACGAACAUUUACGACUACAGGAGAGGCGCAACAGCAUCCGGCAAGCACAGCCACUUCGGUGUGCCGCUGAGCUGUUUGGAGGUGAAGUUGACAGAUACCGCAUCCCAUAAGACCACCGACGAGCAGUGUGUUGGAGAGGUUGUGGUCACUGGCGCGUCGGUCGCAGGCGGCGAGACAGCAAUCGGCGUAAAUGGUAGGUCCAUCCAAAAUUGUAGUUGA